AUCAAACAUCGACAAAAGCAAAAAUACAAUUGAAUGUGACACAAGAUGGCUAACUGUAGCUACAGUAAAAUCUCACAUUUAUUAAAAUUAACAACAGCAAACCUUAAUAAACAUACAUUUCUACGGACAGGGUGUGAUAUUCAACAUGCUCCUUUACGCUGCAAGUAUUUCAUACGUUUUCAUAAGACCUCAGCUCCUGAGAAGACGUUGCAGGAGAGACAGAAGCAGCACAUGGCUCGCGGCUUGCCUAAACAAAAGCCAAUUGCUGGAGUGAAACAAGUUAUUGUGGUGGCCUCAGGGAAGGGGGGUGUUGGAAAAUCAACCACUGCAGUGAAUUUGGCCCUUGGACUCACAGCUAAUGAUCCAAGUAAAACAGUGGGAAUCCUGGACGCUGAUGUUUACGGCCCCUCAGUUCCUAAGCUGAUGAACCUGAAAGGGAACCCAGAACUAACAGACAGCAACCUGAUGAGACCACUUACGAAUUUUGGGAUUCCUUGUAUGUCUAUGGGGUUUCUGGUGGAGGAUGUUGCACCCAUUGUCUGGAGGGGCCUGAUGGUGAUGUCAGCCAUAGAGAAGCUACUUAGACAGGUAGACUGGGGACUGCUGGACUACCUGGUUAUUGACAUGCCGCCUGGGACUGGAGACGUUCAGUUGUCCAUCACUCAGAACAUCCCCAUAGCCGGAGCAGUGAUUGUGUCCACCCCUCAGGACAUUGCCUUGCUGGAUGCACGCAGAGGAGCAGAAAUGUUCAAAAAAGUCAACGUACCAGUCCUCGGGUUGGUCCAGAAUAUGAGUGUGUUUCAGUGCCCCAAGUGUAACCACCAGACACACAUCUUUGGUGAUGAUGGAGCAAGGGCACUUGCCGAAACUCUGGGAGUUAAAGUAUUGGGAGACAUUCCUCUACACCUGAGCAUCCGAGAGAUGUCAGACCGAGGACAGCCUGUGGUGGUGGCCUCACCAGAUAGCCCAGAGGCGGAGGCCUACAGAAGAGUGGCGGCUGCCGUUGUGCAGCGUCUAGAAGAACUCUCUGGUUGAGUGAUGGAAUGACUGGUCAACAAGUCAUCCACAGUGAAGUCCAAAACAUUGCACUCCUUCCACUGCUGCCGCAGAAUACGCACAAGUCCUUGGUCUCUGAACCCAUUACAUAUUUAUUAUAUCAUUAUUCUAUGGAAUGCUAUACUAUGGCUUUUAAUGUUCUCUGUCUACCGAAUCAACAAUAUGUUUUAUGGGAUUUUUUAAGCAAGCAAGUAUUCAAUAUAGAUUGUGUCCAGUUUAAAAUUCAAAUACAACUUUACAGACAACAAGCCUUUAGAGCAAAAUUUGUAGUGCACAUUGAACUCAGUAAAUGUUAUGCAUUGGCUGAAAAUAAAGACUUAGGUCAUGUUUUCUCUCUC